UCGAAUUAUCGCACAAAUAUAUCCUUAGAACUUCAAGAAUCGCUGACAAAAUUAUUUUUACAAACAAUUCUUUCAAUUCGAAAUAAUUCGACCUUGAAUUCGCACCUGCAUGUGUAAAAAUACUUCGUACGAUGGCCAUCAUCGGUACCACGGUACGAUCAAUACAGAAACUUUAAGCUGCGUUGCAUCACAAAAUUAAAACUAUUGACACUGACAAACCACUUCAAAUCAUCGAAUUCGCGAAUGACGCUAUCUUUGUAUUAACAAGUUGGGUUCGGUAAAAAACACGUCUCGCUUCACGAAUGGGUUCUCUUUCAUCAUCGUACAACUAGAGAUACUGCCAAAUUUAAACACAGGUUCAAUCAGCGUAAUACACACAGUAUAGUUUGACGAACAAUCGCGAUCGCAUCCGUUUUAGUGCUCUUAUCACAACGCAAUAAUGUUCGCGUACAUCCUAAGCACGUUAUCGCUACUGAUCGUAACGUUGUUUUUAUGCGUUUGCUACUAUUUUAAAAAAUCGCACGAAUUUUUCAGCCAGUAUGGGAUUCCGCAUCUCAAACCUCAUUGGCUUUUUGGCAACAUGAAAGACGUUGUUUUGAUGAAAAAAGCGCUAUGGUUGGGUAUGAAGGAAAUGUACCAAAAAUUACCGUCAGAAAAAUUCGCCGGAGUGUAUACGUUAUACACGCCAUCGGUCAUGAUACGCGAUCCUGAAUUAAUCAAGGUGAUUUUAAUUAAGGACUUUUCCUAUUUUCAAGAUCGAGGUAUUCCUACAUACAGGGAGGUCGAACCGAUGUCUGAUAAUUUAUUCACAUUGACAGGAGACGACUGGAAAAACCUCAGAAUAAAACUGACCAGCACGUACACCAGUUUAAAAAUGAAAAUGAUGUUUCCUUUGGUGAAGAAAUGCGCCGAAGAUAUCAGACCAGCAUUGGACAAAUACUUCGAAAGUGGUCAAGAUUUCGAAGGCAAAGAUCUCGCGGCCAGAUUCAUGACAGAUGUAAUAGGCAGCUGCGCUUUUGGAGUAGACACACACUCAUUAGAAGACCCAGACUCUGAAUUUCGAAAAAUGGGCCGAAAUAUUUUCGUACCCAGAUGGCAAGCAAUUCUACGUCUCCUGGUACCAGCUAUUCCUGCAUCUUUCGUAAAACACUUCAAGUUACAAUUUUUCGCCUUAGAAAUAUGCGAUUAUUUCAUGAAAAUCGUCAAAGACAUGGUGAAAUACAGAGCAGAAAAUCAAGUCACUCGAGGCGAUUUUCUCGACUUACUUAUCGAGAUGAAAAACAGCAAAGAUUCGGAGAAAGUUAAAGAUGAACAGACAGAGGCUGACUUGUCCAAAUUCAUGUCUCAAAUAGGCAAGCAGAUGGUUAAAAAAGACGUAGAUUUGACAAUCGAACUAAUGGCAGCUCAAUGCUUCAUAUUUUUCGUGGGAGGAUUCGAAGGAGGUGCCAGUACAAUAAUGUACAUGUUGUUCGAAUUGGCUCAACAUCCCGAGAUACAAGAUAAAGUCAGACAAGAAAUAUUAUCAACGCUUGAGAGUAACGAAGGUGAACUCACGUACGAGAUGAUGAAAUCGAUGACUUAUUUAAACAUGGUUAUCGACGAAACCUUGAGAAGAUACCCAGUCGGAGGAGCUUUGCUACUCCGCGAAUGCAGAGAGAACUAUAAGAUCCCCGAUUCAAAUGCCAUUAUCAAAAAAGGAACUCGAGUGAUAAUUCCUGCCAUAGGAUUGCAUUACGAUGAAAAAUACUACGAAAAACCAGACGAAUUUUAUCCGGAACAUUUCAGCGAAGAGGCAAAAUCGAAACGACAUCACUUCGCUUACAUGCCAUUUGGAGAAGGUCCCAGAAUUUGUAUUGGUCAACGCUUUGCCAAGAUGCAACUUAUCGUAGGAGCAAUUUAUUUACUGAAGGAUUUUGCAUUUGAAUUAUCGCCCAAGACAAAGGUGCCAUUGGAGUAUUCAUUUGGAGGAUUGAUGCUGGUGAAAGAUGGAAUUUGGUUGAGAUGUCAACCUUUAUGAUUCAACUUCAAUCAUAUUUAAAAUUAUGUAACAUAAUUCGGAGGGCGAACUGUGGACCUAAUAUGCUUUCAGAAAUCAGCAAAUAAGAAAAUUUCGAAAUGUCAGCGCAACAAAUUUCAAAAAUAAGAAACUUGAAAAUCCAUUAAUUUUUCAAAUAGAUAUAAUUCUUCAAAAUGUAGCAGAUAUUUUCUUAAUUUUCAAAAUCAUCCACGACGCCCUUUUAAACUACAUCAGUUUUCCAAAAGAGAGAAAAAAAAAUAAAAAAGGAAUUUAGGUAAUUUGGCACACUUUUCAGCUUUUGCUACCUAUUUCAUUGGUUAUCCGUGAUUUACAGUAUUUUUAAUGCAUUUUUUUACUUGUACUUAUUUGACGUUAUUUCAACGAUAUACUUAUUCAGGAAUGUUUUAUGUUUAAUACAACUCUAUUGUUUCAUCAUUUAUUUUAACGAUUUCCAUAUUUUUUAGUGUUUUAUGAUUUAUUUUUAUUUGAAUGAAUUUCAGCUAUUUCAAUACAUUUUUUCAUUCUUUUAAUGCAAUUUUUGCUAUAUUUCACUAAAAUUACUUAAGUUUUAGUUGAUUUAGAGCAUUUUUAAUGCUUACACUUGUGUACAGAAGACGCGACGUUUCAACGAAGUUUUAUCUAAUAUUUGCAAAAUUGUUUCAACUCUCACCGUAAUUUUGGUAACUUUCAGUGAUUUAAGUGUGUUUUUUUUUCCUCUUUUGGCUUUGCUUUAUGCAUCAGUUUAAUGGGGUUUCAAUACUGUUUUAUGCAAUUUUUACAAAGUUUUAUCAAAAUUUAAAGCACAUUGUGCCAUUGUUUGUAGAUUUGAAAUUAUUUUAUUGCCUUUCAUUGUGUUUUUGUCUCAUUUUGACGAGUUUCUGAUACAUUAGAAGCAAUUUUUGCCAACGUUUUACUGAAAAUUCACAAGUUUUGGCCGAUCUACAGUAUUUUAAUUCUUAUAUCUAAGUUCAGAAGAAGUUUCAAGGGUUUUCACAAAAUUUUGCAAAAUUUUCUAUUUCACUGAAAUUUUAUUCAGGGUGUCUGAUAAAACUCCCAGACAAAAAAAUCAUAAUUUUUUUCAUGACCUUUUUUCACAUUUUUACCUCACGAAAAUACCCCCCCCCCCCCCCCCUCUAAAGUAAUAACUUGAAACUGCGAGGACAAUUUUUUUGAUUUGUAAACAAGCAAGUAUUUCAAUUUUUUCAUUUUUCUAAUUUUUUGAAAAAAUUUUUCAUUUUUUUCAUUUUAUUUUAGGGGCUUUAAAAAAAAUUUCAAGUAUGUUUCGAGAAAAAUUCAUGACUUUUUCAUAACUUUUCACAACUUUCAUGACCACCUAUCAGAAUUUAUGACUUUUUCAUGACUUUCAUGGCCGUUAGACACCCUUGUCAUUGCUUUUUUGUAAUUGUCAGUGAUUUUGAUGUCUUUUUUUAAAGGUUGCUAAUUAUUAUUUUAUGCAAUUUUUACCAAGUUUUAUCAAAUUUCAUAAUAUUUUAAUCUUUUUUAAUUGAUAUGAAGUGAUUUUAUUGCUUUUUUUACCAGAUUUACUCAUUAACGUUGAUUUUUUCUUUUUAUAGAGUUUAAAUAUAAUUUUAACCGGC